AGAAGGGCGCGCUCGUGGCGCUGCACGCGCAGCUCGACGUCGACGGCGAGGGCACCGUCUCGCUCGGCGAGUUCGAGGCGGGGUGGGAGGAGGUGCUCGACGCCGUGAUGGAGCAGGCGCUCGUCGCCGAGAGCCACCCGAGAGCGCUCGUCGCCGCCGGCUUCUCCGCGCGGCAGAUCCUGCUGUACGGACUCGCGCUGCUCGCCAUGGUCUCGCUCGGCGCCGCCUUCAUCCUCGUCGCGCUGUCGGGCUGGCGGCGCGAGAGCCUCUCGGCGAUGGUGGUCGAGUCGGGCCUCAUCGCCGCGGUGGGGGGCAUCACCGCGCGGUACCGGGAGAAGUCCGACGCCGAGAAGACCGCCGAGGAGCUGAGCCGGAUCGUCAACGACGCGGUGGCGGGCGCCGAGGCCGCGUCCAAGCCGAAGCAGGACUGA